CCGGACCACGAAAAACCUAGCCUCCAUGAGCCACCACCGCUCAUCGUUCCACCUAUCGACUUGGGAGCCUUCCUUUCCAAUGACCCCCACGCCGUGUCAACUGCUACUCGAUUGGUCAAUGAGGCUUGCAAGAAGCAUGGCUUCUUCUUAGUCAUCAACCAUGGAGUUAGCAAAGAGCUUAUCAAUGAAGCUCACAAGAACAUGGACUUGUUUUUUGAUAUGCCAUUGAAAGAGAAACAGAAAGCUCAGAGAAAAGUUGGAGAUUAUCCUGGGUAUGCUAGUAGCUUUACUAGUAGGUACUUUUCCAAGCUUCCAUGGAAAAAAACUCUUUCUUUUAGGUAUUGUGAUGAUGGUGGCUCAUCAAACGUAGUUGAAGAGUACUUGGCCAGCACAAUGGGUGAAGAUUUUAGACAAUUCGGAAAGGUAUACCAAGAUUAUUGUGAAGCAAUGAACACUCUGAUGGAGCUAUUGGGGGUGAGCCUAGGAGUGGGUCCAACCCAUUUAAGAGAAUUCUUUGAAGGAAAUGAGUCAAUAAUGAGAUUAAACAACUACCCUCCUUGUCCUCAUGGGACUCUUGGAACUGGUCCUCACCGUGAUCCAAACUCACUCACUAUCCUUCAUCAAGACAAUGUUGGUGGGCUUCAAGUGUUUGUUGAUCAACAAUGGCACUCCAUUCUUCCCAAUUCACAAGCUUUUGUUGUCAAUAUUGGAGACACAUUCAUCUCAUUGAAUCAUGGAGGAUUCAAAAAUCUCGAAACAUAUCUAAUAGUUAUAUAUGUUUUAGGAUAG